GAUGCCCUCCCCCUUCCUUCCCGGGCGGCCCCCGCCUCCGCCGCCAUGUUGUGGGGCUGACGCCGACGCUGCGGGAGGCGGAGGAGGAGGAGGCAGCAGCGGUCCGUCCGGAGCAGGCGCUCACGGGCAGCGCAACAGAUGGCUAAGAGCUAGCAAGGCAUCUUCCAGACCAUGAUGGCUCAGUUUCCCACAGCUAUGAAUGGAGGUCCAAACAUAUGGGCCAUCACCUCUGAAGAGCGGGCCAAGCAUGACAAGCAGUUUGAUAGUCUUAAACCCACAGGAGGCUACAUCACAGGUGAUCAAGCACGUACUUUUUUUUUGCAAUCUGGUCUACCAGCUUCAAUCCUUGCUGAAAUAUGGACACUAUCAGACCUAAACAAGGAUGGAAAAAUGGAUCAACAGGAGUUCUCUAUAGCCAUGAAACUCAUCAAGCUGAAAUUGCAAGGACAGAACUUGCCUGUGGUUCUUCCUCCUGUCAUGAAACAAACUCCCAUAUUUUCACCGUUAAUGUCAGCUCGCUUUGGAAUGGGUAGCAUGCCAAAUCUGUCCAUGCCAACAUCCAUGUCUGCUAUCACACCUUUACCUCCCAUGCCUCUGACCUCCAUGACUUCUGUGCCCCCUUUGGUUAUUUCUGCUCCUCUGGUGCCUUCUGUCAGUACCUCCUCAUUGCCAAAUGGAACAUCCAGCCUUCUGCAGCCCAUGUCCAUACCUUUUUCUUCAACACUGCCUCAUACUGGUUCUUUAGGUCCCAUGGCAGGAGGGUUUGGUGGUACCAGUUUGCAGAAGGCACAGUCACUAAUUGAUUUAGGAUCUAGCAGUUCAAAUUCUUCCUCUAGUGCUUCACUAGCUGGGAAUUCACCAAAGAUUGCAUCCACAGACUGGGCAGUUCCUCAAGCCUCCAGAUUAAAAUACAGACAGAAAUUUAACAGUCUUGAUAAAAGUAUGAGUGGGUAUUUAUCAGGAUUUCAAGCAAGGAAUGCCCUUCUACAAUCAAAUCUUUCACAGACUCAGCUGGCCACUAUUUGGUCAUUAGCUGACAUUGAUGGAGAUGGGCAGCUGAAAGCUGACGAGUUUGUGUUAGCCAUGCACCUUACUGAUAUAGCCAAAGCUGGACAACCUCUGCCACUAACUCUGCCUCCUGAACUGGUACCACCUUCUUUCAGGAGUGGAAAAUAUACUGAGAGUAUAAAUGGAACUCUACCAUCUUACCUGCCUGUGCAAGAGGAGGAGCCACAGAAAAAACAGCCAGUGACAUUUGAGGACAAAAGGAAAGCCAACUAUGAGAGAGGAAAUAUGGAGCUGGAAAAACGCCGUCAGGUCCUGCUGGAGCAGCAGCAGAGAGAGGCUGAACGCAAGGCUCAGAAAGAAAGGGAAGAACGGGAGAGAAGAGAGAGGGAACGUCAGGAACAGGAACGGAAAAAACAACUGGAAAUGGAAAGGCAGCUGGAGAGGCAACGGGAGCUGGAGAGACAGAGGGAAGAAGAACGGAGGAAAGAAAUAGAAAGGCGGGAGGCAGCAAAGCAGGAGCUUGAGCGCCAGCGACGAUUGGAAUGGGAGAGGAUUCGUCGCCAAGAACUUCUAAAUCAACGUAACAGGGAACAAGAAGAAAUUGUUAAGUUGACCUCUAAAAAGAAGAGCCUUAAUCUUGAAUUAGAAGCCCUGACAGACAGACACCAGAAAAUCUCAGGCAGACUGCAGGAUAUGAGGAGCAAAAACCAAAUACGGAAAACUGAGCUGGAAGCUUUAGAUAAGAAAUAUGACCAAGGAAUUAUGGAAGUCAAGCAACUACAACAACAGCUUCAGGAGUAUCAGAAUAAACUAAUCUAUUUAGUUCCAGAAAAGCAAUUAUUAAGUGAAAGAAUUAAAAAUGCUCAACUUGAAAACCCUCAGAGUACAGGAAUCAGUUCAGUGCACAAGAAGUCACUAGAAAAGGAAGAAUUAUGCCAAAGACUUAGGGAACAACUAGAUGCCCUUGAGAAAGAAACUGCUUCUAAACUUGCUGAAAUGGAUGCAUUUAACAGUCAGCUUAAGGACCUGAGAGAAAGUUACAGUACACAGCAGUUAGCCUUGGAGCAGCUCCACAGGAUCAAACAGGACAAAAUAAAAGAGGUAGAAAAAAGAAGAGUUGAUCUUGCACAGAAAAAGCGUCUGGAAGAUGAGGCUGCAAGAAAUGCAAAAAGGGAGAAGGAGAAUCGAUGGCAGGAAAAUAUCCGGAGGGAAGAGGAAGAGAAGAAGAAGCGAUUGGAGGAAGAGAGAAUGCAGGAAAAAGUUCAGGAAAAGCUGAAAGCUGAAGAAGCAGUUGCUAUGAUGAGAGAAAGGGAAAAUAAACAGCUUUAUAUGGAGGAGGAGAACAACAGGCAAGCCAUGAUCUUGAAGGAAGGAGAACAACAAAGGCAGAGGCAGCUGGAAGAAGAUAGAAGAAAGCAAGAAAAAAUUGCAAAAGAAGCUGAGGAAAGGCAUAAGCAGAACGAAGAAAUAAAGAGGAUAAAAGAAGUGACCAACUCUCAAGAGGCAGAGAAACGCACUUCUAAGUUAAACAUAAAUGAGAAGCUUGCAGAUCUGCUGAAACCAAUAGAGGGUAAAAGUCUCAAGCCACCCUGGAAAAAUGAAGGCAAUGCAGUUGGUAUCUCAGAGCCUUGGAAUUCAACUGCCUUGGUAAAUUACAGAGCUUUAUAUCCAUUUGAAGCAAGGAAUCAUGAUGAGAUGAGCUUUAAUACUGGGGAUGUAAUUCAGGUUGAUGAAAAAACUGUGGGAGAGCCUGGUUGGCUUUAUGGGAGUUUUCAAGGACAAUUUGGGUGGUUUCCAUGCAAUUAUGUAGAAAAAAUACCAGAAGGAGAAAAAUCUUUAUCUCCUAAGAAGGCCUUACUUCCUCCUACAGUAUCUUUAUCUACUACCUCAGCUGCUUCAGAACCACUUUCAACAAGUAAAUCUGCAGAAGAAUCUGAUUACCAAAACAUACCCUUUUCUAGCCUGAAUGUUAAUACAGCAUGGCAACAGAAAUCAGCUUUUACUCGCACUGUGUCCCCUGGAUCUGUUUCACCCAUUCAUGGACAGGGGCAGCCUGUCGAGAACUUAAAAGCACAAGCACUUUGCUCUUGGACUGCAAAAAAAGAUAACCACUUGAAUUUUUCAAAAAAUGAUAUCAUUACUGUCCUGGAGCAGCAGGAAAACUGGUGGUUUGGGGAGGUACAUGGAGGAAGGGGUUGGUUUCCAAAAUCUUAUGUAAAGCUCUUACCUGGGAGUGAAAUCAAGAAAGAGGAACCAGAAGCCAUUUAUGCAGCUGUAAACAAAAAGCCCAAUACACAGUCAUAUGCAGCAGGAGAGGAGUAUGUUGCACUCUAUUCAUAUUCAAGCUCUGAGCCUGGAGACCUGACUUUCGUGGAAGGUGAGGAAAUCCUGGUGACCCAGAAGGAAGGGGAAUGGUGGACUGGGAGCAUUGAUGGCAGAACUGGAAUCUUCCCCUCCAAUUAUGUCAGACCAAAGGAGCAAGAAGUUUCUGGUAAUGCUGGCAAAACUGGAACAAUAAAUAAGAAACCCGAAAUUGCUCAGGUUACUACUGCCUAUGCUGCAUCAGGAAGUGAACAGCUUAGUCUUGCUCCAGGACAACUAAUUCUGAUUCUGAAGAAAAAUGCCAGUGGAUGGUGGCAAGGAGAGUUGCAGGCAAGAGGGAAGAAGAGACAGAAAGGAUGGUUUCCUGCCAGCCAUGUGAAAUUACUGGGUCCAAGCAGUGAAAGAACCACAUCUGCUGCUCCCUCAGUGUGUCAGGUGAUAGCCAUGUAUGAUUACAUGGCAAACAAUGAAGAUGAGCUCAGCUUCUCCAAAGGGCAGCUUAUUAAUGUGCUGAACAAAGAUGAUGCUGACUGGUGGCAAGGAGAAAUCAAUGGUGUGACAGGUCUCUUCCCCUCAAACUACGUGAAGAUGACCACAGAUUCUGAUCCAAGUCAGCAGUGACCCAAUGUUGUCUUCCAGUGUGAAAGCACCUCAGAGACCCACUAUCCAAGUUUGACUGUAGCGUGGAGGCAGGGUGGCAGCCCUGCUCAUGUAUCUCUGACUCAAUCCUUUUGCUGCGUUUGAACCUUAGAUCCAGACAAGAAAUUAGGUUUUUGUGGGUUUUUCUUAUAAUCUACAGUUAACAGUUGAUUUGUAAAAGCAGAAAGGAUAGUGGGUCUUUGUGUGGCUUUCACUGCUGUUCAUUCUUGUUUCCUUUAGUAUUUUUCUUUGGUAUUGAUAAUCGUGGAUCAUUAGCAUGCAUAUCAAGUUAUCCUUUCCAUGGUGGGAUUGCAGACACACAAAGACCCACUAUUUGCACAGUUUAUCUGAGCUGUUUUUCAAUGGGCAGUUGUGUUCUUUUGAUGUUGUAAUGUACAUACUUUGCAGAAUUAAAAUGUUCACUGAUUACUGUUCUAAUGGAUUUGAUUUAAUCGCUUGCAUAUUGAGCAUUUAGAAUUAGCAGCCUACAAGGCUCAUCCAGAAAAUAAACCCUACCUGUCUCUGCUGCUGAUAGUCACUGUGAUUACAAAAAUACUACAAGACCUAAGAUUUAGAUCUGGUGCCAGUCCAUACAGACUUUUAAUACCAUUUUUAACAGUGGGAAAGGACUAUGAGGCAUAGAGUGGAGGGUAUUUAAAUUUUUUUUCUUCCUUCACAGUAGUAUUUGAGCAGGAAUUCAGGUUGUUUUGGCUUGAUGUGUCUUAUUCCUAAACAAUCUUCUUGCUUUAAACACUUUAUUCUGAUAAUUCAUAUUUGCUUUCAGGUUUAGCAAACGUAGUGGUUACUGCAGUAAGUAUUUACACAGCCUCUGUGCUACUGAGACCCUUUCCCUGCUCCUUUUUUCAUGAGUUAGUUCAGGGCACUGAACAGUGUUUGUUUCUGGCUGUGGCCUGCAGUGAUUUAAAAUUAAGUAGUUUCUGAAAGCUGCUGCUCUAAAUGAGCAGCCUGAUACACAGACAGCCUGGUGAAAGAGAUGCUGCCAGAAAAGAGACACUAGCAGAAACCUGGAGCUGAAGGCAGAGCAUUUGGGUUUAAAAAUAGAACUAUACUCCUCAGCUCAAAAGUGGUCCUUCAAGGUACACUUAAUGCCUAUCAGCAGGACGGUGCAGUAAAAUGCCCACAUUUUAUUAGUUUGGGGGAAGGGAAGAACCAGGACUUCAGGACUCUAACCCUGAUACCCCUUUAAAUAAUAAGAGUAACUUAAUAGCAGAGUACUUGGCUGAUUAGAUAGCUCUGUGCUCCUGUACCAACAGAUCUAGCAGACAUGGUACUUAAUUUAGUUGGUUUCCUGAGCUUGGAUAUGAAACAGCAAAGGUCACUUAUGCAAUCAGAAAUGUUUACAAAGCACUGUAUGUUUACUAUGUAUGUGUGUGUAUAUAUACUUGAAUGUUGUGAAGGUACUAUCAGGAAAAGUUUAGUCCAAUGGCAGAGAUUUAAAAGCCUUUCUCCAAAGUUUCUAUAGAAAGAGAGGGAUGUUAUGUAUUUAAUAUACUUGAUCAAAUAAUGUGUAUGUGCCCUUGAGUUCAGAGAGAGAUCUUUUGUGCAAUAUGGACUGCAGCAAUGUGCCUACAUAAAACUCCAAAUGGAUUUUUAUUCUGGAUGUAUUUUGUUGAAACAAAUAUUUUGUUAUAGAAUGAAGUUGUGUUACUGUAGGCAAAUAAUGUGCUAGAUAAUUCCUCAAGUAUUCUGGGUCACUUGUUUUCCUUAUGAAACUACACUUGAAGCAUUUCAACUAAAAUACACUAAUCACCCUGAAUUGCCUUCUCUGAUUUUCUGGCUUUGAAAUCCUGUGUAAUGGAGGCUGAAAUGGGUUGGGCUACACCAGUGGCAUCAAGCAGUCACUCACUUUAGGCUAAUGAUUGGGUGAUUCUAUAAAUUAUCCCAUUUCUAAAAGACACUGUUCACCUGUGGGAUGUCAACCAAACUGACUUCCCAGUGUCCAGUGACAAGUUUUCUUUGACAAAUUGCUGGUAGUUGUCUCUGAAAAAUUAAAACCAACUUCACAUCCUAUCUGGGGUGUUCUGGGAAAUAAGUUACAUGGCAUUUUCCAAAACCAGCUGCAUUUGUAACUGAUGUAGGUGGAGAUUAGGGUAGUAUUUAGUAAAGUAUCCCUCUUGGGUAUUUAGAUAUGAGCACUGAUGAUUACUGAAACAGCUGCCCCAAAGUGAUGAGAAUUGAAAUGAACCAUUUGAGGCUUUUGCUGUUAUCUUUUUGUCUUUCAGUAUUACCUGAGUGUGCUCUGAAUUCUCUAAUAAAAAAAGGACAAUAAUAAUUACAGUAAUGUGCCCUAAUAAUGCAGAUUGAAAGAUACCUAUUCCCUGCCUUCAGUAUUUAUUUCUGCUGCAGGAGUCUGCCUGGCACAGCUCAGGAACAGUCACCUGAGAGCUCUGCUCUCCAGUGCACACUGGUGCAAAAAGAAUUGGCCACAUGCAUCAGAUCAGUGAUAGGACAGAUUAUGCCAUUAUACAAUAAUGUUCUGUAUCAAACAAGUGCAGCUCAUACAAGCUGGGUUUAAAUGACACUUUUUCGUUCAAAAAUGUUACUUUUUUUCUGGUUGUGUGCAAUCCACUCUCUUGUUGAUAGAUGUCAAUAGAAGCUGUCAUCCCAAGCAGCUGUGUAAAACUAGCACUGAAGUGUUCAUCCCUUGUUUGGGUGAAAAAGGUUGGCUUUGGAACUAAGGACAAGGUGGAAACCAGAGUUAUUUAAAUUGGUGGUCCCAAGUCAAGAGGUGAGAGUUUAAAUGUUGCUGAGAACCACACAAGGUUAGCAGCUAAAACUGAAGCCAACCAGAAAAGCAAAAUACAGUGUUGGCUGCAGGGUGAUACUUGCUUCAUGUUUUUUCCUGUGGGGCAGCAGAUAAGAGGGGCCAAGGUGUAACUGGGGGUAAGAAUGCAGAAAACGAUGCUGUAACUGCACAGGUACUGAAACACUUCCCCUGUUUGCAUGAGGGAUGGGCAGACUACAGAAGCUCAGAGUCCAGAGCUGAGUUCCUGAUCCCACAGUCAGAUCCGUGCAGGAAGCUCUUGUGCCAGCACCAGGAACAGGUUGCAGGGCUGGGGUGGGUGCUGGUGAAGGGCUGUGAGGUGAUGCAAAGCUCUCUCCAGUUGUCACUGUCACCAGUCAGGAGUGCAGAGAGCAUCCAAAGCACACAACACACUCAUAACUGCAAUGUCUCCUACCAGUCACUGAGUAUUUAUGCCAUCUUGAUGCUUUGUCAGAUUGUAUCCUUGUGUGAUUUUCUUGAGUUGAAAACACCUGUAAAUAAGUCUGCCUGUAGGAAUGCCGACUGACCUGGGCCUGUAGUGGUGUUGGGAGCUGCUACAGGGUCGUGCUACUUUCAUGUAAUGAUCUAAUAAAACUGCUAUGUAAUGGUGUGUGCUGCCUUAAAAUCUCUACUGUUGUUAUUUUUCAAGCUAGAGUGUUAAUGUUUGGGGUUUGUUGUUAAGACAUGCAAAUGCAGGUGAUGCUUAGCAUGAGGCAAUUGUUCAUCUUUGGUUUUGAACAAAGUUGUAAGAUAACUAUGCAAAUGUAUUUUAUUAAAGGGACACAUAAAAGGC